AAGAAAAUUUUAGGUGAGUUUCAGAUCAUUUUGUGUCACAUUUUACAUUGAUGUUUGUUUUCACCUGUUAUUAUUCUAAUAUACAUUUACACGAAAAAGUCAAAGAGGUGUCAUGGCGAGUUUGGAAGAAUCUGAAGAGUAUUCUGAUUUCAUACCUGUGCGAAGAAAAAAUAUGAGACGAGGGAAGCCACAACAACAAAUAUACAGACCAGGUAGUGGACCUUUGAGAAAAUCAAAUAAUAUUGAAGAUUCCGAAUCAGACACCAACAUUUUGAUUAACUCUAGACAAGAUCACUUCAAAAAGGGACAACCUGAAGAUACUUCCAGAUUCAGAAGUGAAGGCAGUUCUCCUAGGGACAAAAUUAUAGAAGUGGAUGAUACUCCAUCCCUUUUAAAAGACAUUUCAUUGAAUAUUGAAGCAACAAAGAGAAUUAAAAAACCUGAACAAAUGCAUUAUGUUCCUCGUGCUCUUGCUCAAGCUAGAGAAGUAGGUGCUUCCCAGGAAUCAAAUCCUGAUUCCUUUGCUCAUGCCAAUGGAAAUGGAAAUGGAAUAAACCAUACUAGUAAAACCAGGGUUUAUGGAGAUAAAAACCAAAUGGAUAAAAUGGAACGAAAUGAGUGGAGAGAGCAAUCCCCAUCCACUGCCAGAACAAAGCGUUUUGAACCGAGGGGCACGAAUAAUGGUCAGAGUAAUAACUGGAACCGAACACGUGAUACCAGAAGUCUAGAACACACUGGCUUACCAAUUCGUCCUCAUAACAGCGAAAAGUUUCAGUCAAAGCCUCCUAGUGGUAGAAGGCACAGUACUGUUGGUAUUGAACCAGAAAAACGUUACACAAAAACAUUACCGAAUUUAGAUAAUAUGCCUCCAAGAUUUAGAAAGAAAUUCCUUGCUGAUCAAAAUAUUCAAUCCCCAGAAGAAGGUUGGGAUGGAUCCAGUGUCACCUUUCAAUCUCAUCCUAAAAACCCGAGCUACCAUCAGAUGCGUGAUACAUACCACACGCUGCCAAACAGUCAAAACUUACAUAAUCAGCACCAUUCCAACUCUGGAUAUCAUACACUGCCCAACAAACAGAGAGGACGUGGAAGAUUAGGUUAUGAAUAUGAGACCCCGCCGGGGUCUCAUUUCCAUUGCAUAACACCUGAUAGGAUAGGAAGUCCUUGUGAUUCAAGACCUCCAACACCACCAAUUAAUACUAAUAGAAAACCGGACAGUAGACCGCACACACCUGUCAAUAUUGGUAACGAGUACCAAAAUUAUAAUAGAAGUAACAACAGGACUGAAAACAGACAUUACGAAAAUACCACGAACGAGAGUGGACCCAGAAAUCAAGAUAGAAGGGAUACAAGUAAUAGAAGAAGAGAUUUUAAUAACCGAAGGCAUGAUUAUGUACGAGACGGAAACUAUCACAAUAGGGAUAACUACAAUCACGAUUGGGAUGAUGUACCCAGGGAAACACAUAAUAGAGAAACACCAAAUAGACGGGAUGACAAUAACAGAGAUAGGCAUCAUGGACACUCUGGGAGAGAUAACAGACGUGGUAGAGGAAACUACACAAAAGAUCGAAGAAGAGACAAUAGAGAUAAUAGAAGAGAAAGAGACAUGAGAAGUUCGAAUAGAGACUACAAUGAUACUCCCAAAUAUUCUACUAAUGAGGAGAAUUGGGACGACGAAAUUGGAAACAACACCAAUUUGGAGGAACAGAGGCCAAGUUUGCAGUUGUCCCCUAUAUCUCCUGAAGAGAAAUUUGAACCCAUUGUUAUUAAUCCAGAUGUUAGUACAACUUUGGAUUGGAGUGAAGAAGUUGAGUUGAACGACAAGCUGGAAGCAGAGUAUUUAAGUGAUGCUCUAACAAGGAGUUCAUCAAUGGCGAGCCUCCAGAACAUAAGCACAAAAUCUUUGCUACCUCAUUUGAAUGCUCUUAAUUCUCCAACAAAUUCCAACAGGAAAAAUCGAAGAAGGAACCGUAAUAGAAGUGGUGCAAGAGAGAACAGUAACUCUCGAAACAGACACAGUCGAAGUAGACAAAACUCUACAACCAGCAUAGACAGCCGGGAUAGCUUCAAAGUUCCUUUCGAGACUCGUCCCAGGAAGACUUCUCGAGAAAGCCAAAGAGAGACAAGUUAUGAUCAUUAUCAGAACAGUUCCAGAAACAUUAGUAGAGACAAUAGUUGGGAUAGACAUCACCCUGCACACUCUGGAACAGGCAACUGGAGGGAUGAAAUAGUGAGAAGCAGAAAUAAUUCAGAAAGGGACAACCGGACUAAUAUUGAAGAAAUCAAGAACAUCGAUCCUAGUUCAAAGAAGGCAGGUGUUAUUGUUCUUCCCCAACAAAGGGAACCAAUCAGAAUAGAUACUCAAAGUGCUCAAGAUCAUCCCAGAUACCCUGAAACCUCAAGACAAUCAGUUGGACAACAGAAGACUCUCUUUGACCCUAACAAUCCAACGAAACCCAUAAUAGUGAAAUCAUCAAAUUCUAGAGGUACACCUGGAUUCUCUGAUAAUGCUGACACUCCUCCUCCUCAGAUAUACACCACUGACCAAUUUGGUAAUAUGAGACCACCUUGGUAUGAUGAAAACAGCGAGGAAUUUCAUUCUUGUCAUUAUCCUGCCCUAUUGCGAGACGUGAAGAGAGCUGACAGUGAAUUACAAUCUAUCAUCAAUAAGGGAUUCCUUUUAAUCAACUGGGAUACUGUUGACAACUUACGACUAUUUCUAAAGGAAGCCCUCCAAUAUCUCAUCUGCAGAGCAAUCAAAUUUUGUCAGUCAGAAAAUGUUGAGCAGCACUUCUGGAAGAUCUUAUAUCACAAUAUUAUUGAAGUGACUAGGAAAGCCAUCAAAAGUGAUCCUGAUAAUAAGGAGAAGUAUAAAGAUUUCCUCCUUUACCUAAUAGACGAGGGGAGUAACUACUUUGAGCGGCUUUUGUCUGUAUUGGAGGAUACAUACGAGUUCAAGUUAAACAACUUCUUGGGUGAUAAUAACACAGUAUCACAUAAGGGGUUAGGGUUGGUUGGUUUAGCACUGGUGUCAGCACAGAAGUUGUUCUUGUUUUUGGGCGACCUUGGCAGGUACAGAGAGGAGGUGAAUGAGACUUCAAAUUAUGGAAAGUGUAGACAAUGGUAUAUCAAGUCCCAUGAAAUUAAUCCUAAGAAUGGGAAACCUUAUAAUCAGUUGGCAAUUUUGGCUGUUUAUGCGAGACGUAAACUUGAUGCGGUAUACUAUUAUAUGAGGAGUUUGAUGUCUUCAAAUCCUGUUCCGUCAGCUAGAGAAAAACUUGUUACUCUAUUAGACGAAAACAGAAAAAAGUAUGAACAAGGCGAGAAAAAACGACGGGAGGAGAGGUUGGAACGUCAAAGACUUCAAAUGAAACAGAAAGAAUCUGACGAAUCAACUAGUGCUCCGAGUUCUCUGCGAAAAGAAACUUGGAUUCACCCAGGUGGUGGAAGACGAGUUCACAGGACGACACAAGCCAACUUGGAUCAGAAUGAUUCUGAUGCGGAAGAUUUAUCAGAGUUGACUAGUGUUGAGGUAAACAAACGAUUUGUAAUCAGCUACCUCCAUGUCCACGGAAAACUUAUAACAAAAAUUGGGAUGGAGACAUUUCAGGAAGCUGCUCUCCAAAUGCUAAAAGAAUUUCGAGCACUUUUGCAACACUCUCCUGUUCCCCUGCCGUGCAACAGAUUUCUGCAGUUACUUGCCCUUAAUAUGUUUGCUAUUGAAAGCACGCAGCUGAAAGAUCCCGAACUCCAAUCUCAACCUGGGUAUAGAUCGGAACUGCAAGAACGAGCCUUAGUCGUCUCUCUGCAGAUGUUCAAUUUGAUUCUGGAACGGUGCGUGUCUAUCCUCCAAGACCAUAUGUCUUCCCAAAAAGAUGAAACUAUCAAUUGUCUGCCUCCGGAUGCCAACGUUCUCCUUCCCGCCAUCAAAAUCUGGUGCGAUUGGAUGCUGUGCCAUACGAACAUAUGGAAUCCUCCGCCUUCAACGCAGGAUUUUAAAGUGGGAUCGCCUGGGGAUGUGUGGACUAGAUUGGCUACUCUCAUGAAUCUGAUGGAGCACAUGGACCACAGCAGCUCUGGACAUUUCCUGAAAGAACCUCGAGAUGGAUACGAAGCCAUCCGAUUGCCAGAAGAUGGCGUUCUCUAUGGUUUUACUCCUCUCAUGUAUACUGCCCAGGAGGCUACGUAUGCUCCCAAAGAUCUCGAUGCCGAAAUGACACAUUUGACUUUACGCCUUUCGAAACUACUUUUCUUUGGUACCGUCUAUUUAUGUGGCGUUGACCCGCCGGUACUCAAACUUGAAAUUGAAGACGAUGUCAGAGAAUACGUUUCAGUGGUUUGCUCGCCCAACAGCAGGGAUUCACCACCGGCUGCCAUAGAGUUGGUGCGGAACAAUGAUAUUUUACUCGAGAGUUUCAGCGACGAGGACGAAGUCACAACGGACAAGGAGAAAAUAACAUCUGACGCGCCCACCGAAAUAAGGGAUCUGCUAACCAGAAAAGUGGAACUGGAAAAGAGAAAAAGAAGCCAUGAUCUACACAUGCAGAGGGUGAAGAAAAUUCUGAGCCAGUCUGUUGUCAGCGUCCAUAUGGAGGUGCGACCGAAGUAUUUAGUACCGGACACAAACUGUUUCAUCGAUCAUCUCGAUGGAAUUCAGAUCAUUGCUCAGUCCCACUGCUACACCCUCAUGGUUCCCAUUGUUGUUCUCAGUGAGUUAGAAGGCCUUUCUCGGGGUGGAAAAGCUCCCACCCCGGAUUCACGGACUUCUCUAGAUCCUCAACAUAUUAUAAAAGUUGCCGGUUCUGCCAAAAAUGCACUGGAUUUCCUCAAAACAAGACACUCGUCUCUCAAGUGCGUAACGACGAAAGGAGCGGUAUUGGCUUCCACAGCGUUUUCCACGGAGGACGACACUACAUGGGAUAACAGUCUCACCAACGAUGACAAAAUCUUAACAACUUGUCUAGUACUUUGCAAAGGAUACAAAACCCAGCCACAUGAAACGACUGAAGGCGAACCCCGCCAUCUUGAGCGGGAAGUAGUACUUUUAACCGAUGACAGGAAUUUGCGGGUGAAAGCAUACGCGAGAGAUGUUCCUGUAAGAGAACUGCCCGAUUUCAUGCGUUGGGCGGGGCUGGGAUGAACGUGAAGAAAAAACUAACAAUCUUGCCUGCGCAGCUGCUCUCUCUAUUACAAACAUCAUGAUCCUGAAGUCCGGUCCCGGCGUGGCGUGUUACGAUAAAAUGUCGAUUGCUGAUAUAUUUACUAUUUUCAUAUAGGACUGACUUUAACAUUCAUCCAUGUCUUUUCUUCAGUCGGGUUGUGUCGCUGCAUUCCUUUAGUCAUCGUUUUCAAUGUAUUUGUACAGGGUGACAUAGAAAUGCUGUUUCUGAUAAAAAAUUAUGAAUCAAAGAUAGUGACAAAUAAUUGAAAAAUAUUUUCUUAUAUUCAGACUACAGCCUUCCAAUUUCCCCCUGUAUAAAAUAACGUUAAGUGUCACCAUAUCAUGAGUAUAUUUUUAAUUUAUACACUUUAUAUUUGAAAAUAUAAAUACUUUAAUUAUAUCCUAGCUACCCAUUUUUGGGGAAACAUAUAGUUUUAGAUUUAUUAUGUACUUAUAGAUUUUAUUUUUUGAAUUAAUGUGCCAUUUUUACUUGUUCUUUGGCAAUCUUUUUACAGUAUGGUUUUUAUUUUAAAGAACUAUUCAACAUAAUUUAAGGUUUGUAUACAAAUUUAUUUUAAAUAUAAUGCAAUUGUUUGCUCAGGAA